CUUUGACUUUGACUUUUCGCUGUUUAAUUUAAUAAUAAAUACUGGCAACACUCUACCCGCCUGAACUGUCAUAACUUUGUCACAUUGACAGAUUUGACAGUUGACUUGCUUGACGUAACAUAAAACGUAAACAAAACCGUACCGUGAAAUUUCAUGUGUUUUUGAUUAAGUUUAAUUCCACUUUAUUUUUGUUUUUUGAGAGUAAAAGCACGUGUGAAACUCUACAAAUACAUAUAAUUCCAGAUAUUUCACAAAAACUAACAUCUAACUCAAAACAACCUCCUGUAAUCCUUUUAGUAGCGAACGAAAACUAAGUGUUUCCACCUCUUCUCUCCAGUUCAGUGAAUAUCUUCUAAACUCUCUCCAUCAUUCUCCAACCAUGGCGAGUGGCAACAAGAGCGCAGCAGGACUGCGUCGCUCAGCCAUCGCUGAACGUGUGCGGCUGCGAGCAGAGUGGGCCGAGCUGAAGGGCACCAACUCUUGUAGUGAUGUGCUCCGAGGCCUGGUCAUCCUUGUUGAGGUGGGCCCCGGCUCCCGUGCACUAGCUCUCCGCUCGGCGCUGUCUGCGCUGGGCGCCUCUGUGGUGCCCAGCUGGGUGCCUCUAGUCACACAUGUGGUCUGGGCUGCUGGUGGCUGCCGCAAGGUCCGCGCCAAGGCGCGCGCGCUGGCCUGCCGCCUAGUGUCCCCGCUGUGGGUGGAGGGGUGCGCCUCGUCCGGGCGGAGGCUGCCCGAGGCGGCCUUCCCCGCGGCCACGAGGCCCUCGGACCUGCCGAGCCCUGCUACUCUACGGCGGCUGCUGGUGAGUGGGCUGGGGUUUUGGUUUAGCAGUUACAGAUAA